AGCCAACUGAACCCUUGAGUCGCUGUGUCUUCAGUUAAUUAUCCCUUUGGAGGCCAGAGAACCACUUCGUAUUCCUGUCAUAUUACCCCUUCGCUCAGUCUCAUCUGCUACGACCGUUUCUUCUUUUUCUCUCGUCUGUCUUUUGCCUCUUCAAAGGCUAUAAUUGAGAAUUCAACCGUUUAUACGAAUCUAUCUAAACCCCCUAUCAACUUAUUCCUGAGGUGUCCCUUGCGGCGCAUCUUGAACCAGCUUCAACAUUUAAUUUGAUGCCCACGACUUCCUUGCGAUAGCUGGUGCUGUCGCACUCUCUGGCAUAUCCGAAGACUUCGCCGCGUCUCAGGCGCAUUAAUACAACUCUCAUGGCCCGACCCAUGGGGGCGGUUCGUCUCAAGAAGACGAAUCCCUUGACCCUCGCGCUCGGAGCGAUCCUGUGCAUCUUCAUCAUCGUCUUCCUCGUCUCCCCGUCGGGCAAAUCCGCCACCGCUCGCCGAUUCGAGUCCAUAACUGCAGAGCAUCAUCUCUCGCCGCCGACUUCACCGUACCGAAAGUCAAAAUCUCGAUCUGGCGUACCGCUCAAGCCACCACCCGUUGUGCACUACAACCUUAACAAUGUCACCAUUACGACCUCGCCCAUCGCGAACCGAGAAAAUGUCCUCAUCCUGACCCCCAUGUCUCGAUUCUAUCCUGGCUACUGGGACAAUCUUUUGCGCUUGACUUAUCCUCAUGAACUUAUCACCUUGGGGUUCAUCCUACCCAAGACCAAGGAGGGCAACCAAGCCACCACCGAACUCCAAGAACACAUCCACAAGACGCAGAAGCAUGGCCGUGAGGGCGACAAAUUCAAGAGCAUCAUCAUUCUUCGUCAAGAUUUUGAUCCUGCUAUUGUUUCGCAGGAUGAAGCCGAGCGCCACAAGCUUAAAAACCAGAAGGCCCGUCGUGAGGUUAUGUCGAAGGCCCGGAAUUCGUUACUGUUCACAACUCUCGGACCCGAUACCUCCUGGGUCCUGUGGCUAGAUGCCGACAUCAUUGAGACUCCUACAACCCUGAUCCAGGAUCUCGCCUCCUUUGAUAAGCCGCUCAUUGUCCCAAACUGCUUCCAGCGAUAUUACGACGAGGAACAUAAGCAAAUGGCCGAGCGGCCAUACGAUUUUAACAGCUGGCAAGACAGCGAAACAGCGCUGGCACUCGCUGCCAAGAUGGGACCGGAUGAAAUUCUUCUCGAGGGCUACGCUGAAAUGCCAACAUAUCGAAUGCUUAUGGCAUACCUGGCUGUUGAGGGCGGCGACCGUAAUCUGGUUAUCCCACUUGACGGAGUUGGAGGUACUGCCCUUCUAGUCAAGGCAGAUGUGCAUCGCGAUGGUGCCAUGUUCCCUCCCUUCCCCUUCUACCAUCUUAUUGAGACUGAGGGAUUCGCCAAAAUGGCUAAGCGAUUAGGCUGGCAACCAUAUGGCCUGCCCAAUUACAAGGUCUAUCACUAUAACGAAUAACGUUGCCACGCCUUCACGAGGGCAACAUGAUCCAGCUCCUUUUGCGGCCCCUGUCUUCUAGUUCUUAUGCCAAGAAGAUAAGCAUGCUGCCCUGGGAUUAGGAUAUUAAAUAGUUGCUUAAUAGCUAGUGGGCAAAUCACGAUUCAAUUUGGGCGGGUACAGGUCAUGGCGUUUAGUAGUGCAUCCUCUGAACAUUUAUUCAAAAACAGAGGGGAAUGGAAGCCUCGUUGCCAAAAAACAGCGCGAUAGCUUCAGGGAAGCUAUCAUGGCUUGUUAAAGAUAUGCAUAUUGUAUUGGUUUACAAAUUUCUGUAAGAACAUUCAGGCAUUCAAUGCGAAAGUGGAGGAAGAAUCAUGGAAUAGAUGGGCAUCUGCGAGUGCGUGUGUUAUGCUGUUCACAUACAAGUUUUGAGGUCAUUCUCGAAUAGGUUGUCAUCUCGUGAAUUUUGUUUCUCAAAUCGAGUUCGUAUUUGUAAUAUUAUUACUGAGAAUCAUGCGAUACUGCUCAACCAACAAACUUAUGAACAUCUGAACCAUAACUCCAUAUUGUAACCCCCGAAUUCAAGCAUAUACCUCAUCUUCAACCGGUGCAAACUCCAUAGCUAGCAUUUCAAGGCCCCUCAUACCGCCCAUCAGAAUCCCGACACCAAAACUCGACAAGCUUCCUGGUACCAAGCACAUCGCCGGAGCGCAACAAGGCCGCAACGUCUACGUUAAGUGGGCUAUCGGUCUCAGGGCAUCCUAGUAACAUGCGCACGGCUCGAACACACUCCAAGACACUAUACGCAGGUGUCCAUGCGUCCUUGAGCAGGUCCAGGCAGAUCUCGCCAGUUUGAAGGGCAAUAUUCGGGUGAACAACGGGCGUGACGAACGUCAUCUUUGGUGGUGCGAGGGGGUAAGUCGAUGGGAUGGAAAUAUUGAUAAGCCAGCGUCCCUCUGCAAGAUGUUAGUAGGUGAAGAUGGCAAAAUCAAGAGUUGGGCUGACCAUCGUAGCCGUGGCCUAUAUCUCGUCCAUUGAUGACGGCUUCCCACUCCAUCAAGUCGCCCUCAUUGACUGGUCCAAGACGUUCGAUGCCCUUCUCUUCCUUUUGCUCUGUGCUCCAUGUGUCCAACUCCUUUAUCAGUCGUCGACUUGCGCUUCGCGACGCAGCGACUGAGUUUGAUGACGAUGGUGGCAUUGCUUUGGUUGAAUGCGAUAUCAGGGCUAGGCGGAGUAAUGAUACGGCGAGGAAUUUAUCAAGGUUAUGAGUUCAAAGAGUUUGGGCGGGAUCCUUGAAGUUGGAGUUGGAGUUGGGGAUGGGACGAGGUUCCAGCUGGUCUGGGGUCGUGACUUAUUUCGUCACGUUUGAGCUGUUGAGCUCCCCUCGGCAUGCCUAGUUGGCGACUCAUUACAGGGGUAAGGUCGGCCAGAGCCGAGGGAUGCUCGAUACUCAAAAUACCUAAGGUACCUAGGAGAUGUAGGUACUUGUCUGACCUAGGAAAGUACUGUCCAACCUAAGGUACCUGGGAGGCUAGCCUACGUACGGACUACUAGGCCCCUGGCUCGGUACUAUAACUGCCAGCUCAACGGGCCAGUGGCUGUGGCAGCGUGGCUCAAGCUUCAUGUCUAGCGACCCCUUUCAUGUGGAAAGGCUUCUUACACGAUGUCAUGAACUUGGCCAUAUUCAACAACAAAGACUAAGAGAUGGAUACAUUCUGGCAAGACGAAUCGAUAGUCUACAAAUAAUGAAUAGAGAUG